UCAGUGUGGUGAAAGGAAGUUGUAAAGUGUCUGUUAGAUUAGUCUUCAUUACAGUUGUAGUUGGCUUUUAGCGCAGUACAACAGAACCGCUGAAACAUCUUCAAAGUGAACGAAUACGAAAGGAUCACUGUUCUGUUUCACAGUAAGCCUAUAUACGUAACUUUAAACAAGGUUGCUACAAAGAUCUCAAGACCAUGAGGAUUCACUUGACAAGGAUAGGCCUACUUGUUUUCUACAUCAGCUCAUUGGUGUCUGCUCUCUCGUCCUCUACCAACAUCCCACCAGAGGAUCUAGACACAUCUGGAGAUGACGCGGAAUUCUCCGGUUCAGGCUCUGGCUCAGGAGAAGAUGAUUUGGGUAAUGUCAAUGGAGGCCAGGUCACACUCAUCAAUGUCACUGAAAAAUCCUCGAUAACAGAUGCACCAUUCAGCACUGUACAGCAAACAACUGAAAAGAUUCCCAUUGCUGUCGACAAGUCUCACAUAUCUGUCUCGUUAUCUCCAGUCACUACGAUUAUACCUCCCAUGGAGACCUCUGACUCAGACACACUUCACCAUCACACCACACACAUUCACAUUCAUGACACUGUGGAAGGGAAAAACACAACUACCCCGCCUGCUGAAAAGGUAGACAUUACUACAUUGGUGUCCGGCACUAAGGAGAAAGUCACAGUGGUCACCACAACGCUGAAGGAGACGAGUAUAGAUUUGGAGGAGGAGGAAGGCACAACGACAACAACAACAACAACAGCAGCAGCAGCUGUAGUGAUUGUGGAAGAUGAAGCCACUGAUCUGCCCCCACUAGCCCCCACCACAACCUCUUCAGCUCCCAUCGACAACGAAGAAUCUACCACUGCCUUUGUGUCCGACACUAAGGAAAAAGUCACAGUGGUCACCACUAAGCUGCAGGAGACGAGUAUAGAUUUGGAGGAGGAGGAAGGCACAAUGACGACGACAACAACAACAACAACAGCAGCUGUAGUGAUUGUGGAAGAUGAGGAUGGGACCUCAGUUCCAGAGGAGGAAGCCACUGAUAUGCGCCCACUAGCCACCACCACAACCUCUUCAGCUCCCAUCGACAACAAAGAAUCUACCACUGCCUCGGUGUCCGGCAGUAAGGAAAAAGUCACAGUGGUCACCACUACGCUGCAGGAGACGAGUAUAGAUUUGGAGGAGGAGGAGGAGGAGGAGGAGGAGGUGGUGGAAGGCACAACGACGAUGACGACAACGACAACAACAACAACAACAACAGCAGCAGUAGUGACUGUGGAAGAUGAAGAUGGGACCUCAGUUCCAGAGGAGAAUUAUGAUGAAGCCACGGAUAUGCCCCCACUAGCCCCCACCACAACUGCCAUUGUGGACAUCAUAGUCCCGAAAGUCAGGAAGGGAGUUGAGAGGCCAAAGCCUGAUGAAGACUUUGUCUUUGCCAACGAUAUCAGGCGGACCAAUACCAAGUCUCUUGAGAGUUCAUCUGACCACCAGACCCUUCUGGAGAGGAAAGAAGUUUUGGCAGGUGUCAUUUGUGGGGGGAUUGUCGGUCUAGCACUAGCAGUCAUGCUGGUCUCAAUCAUGGCCUAUCGGAUGAAGAAGAAGGACGAAGGAAGCUACGCACUGGAGGACCACAAACCCUUUAAUGGAGAUUACCAGAAAGUGCAGAGGCAGGAGGAAUUCUUGGCAUGAAGACAUGCCCUGUAGCCAGCCUCAUUUUACAGUGCCUCGUCUCGUGCUCAAUCAGCCCUCUUUACAGGGCCGAUCCUUCUCCUUGCUUCCUUGGUGAGUGGCGUUUUCUGUCAAACGAUCAGUCCUUUUCUUGUUUAUCCAAACAGACUUGGCACUUUGAUGGACACUGGGACAAUGCAUUGGUCAGUGGAUUUUCCAGUUGACCGUUAACCAUGCUGUAGUCUGCUCACAUUUGAACCACACACAUUUAUAUUGACUUUUAUAAAAGAGGACACAAUGACCACUCUUGGACUGUCUCCAUGGGACUGCAUCUUGUAUGCAAAGGCAUCACUUUGAGGCUGAUUAUGCUGUACUGUGAGUGGUAGCAGAGUCACUGCUCAUCCUGGAUUGCCAUGGUGCCUUAAAUGGGAUCUUUGGAGUCUGGGUAAAGUUUCACAUUUGUUGUUAGAAACCUUUGUAUUUUUAAACAAGUGGUAUAUUUUGGUGCACCUAUAUGUUUUGUUUGAUCAACAGGCUCAUGAAGCUUUGUUCAAUUAAGGGCCAUAUAUUUAUUAGGUUUUUACAGUUUCAGUCUGUAAGCUUGGACUUUUUUGAUUCACGUUUACUUAUGGCUGACGAUAUGAGCAGUGGGACCUUUUUAAAGUUACAUGCCCAUAUCACCUAAAAAUAGAUCUUUUAUUUCAUCUUCAGCACUUAUAAUGAUAUAGCCUCAAAUGUUUGUACAAGUGGUAUGUUUUGGUGCAGCUGUGUGUUUUAUAUGAUCUUCUUUAGUCAAAAACAGUCUUUUCCCUCAGGCAUAAGCACAGGCUCAUUUAACUUUGUUCCUUUAAGGGCCCUUUUUUUUUUUUUUUUUUUUUUUUUUUACAGUUGCAUUCUCUAACCAUGGACAUUUUUGAUGCACGUUUACUCAAGGCUUACAAUAUGAAGACAUUUUUAAAAUGCCAAAAAAAAACCUACACUGGAUCUUUUAACUCCUCUCAAGCACUUAUAUCGACGUGGUGGGAAAUAGAUAUUAGUGUCAGCUUUUGAGGUGCACAGAAUAGUCAGAAUAGCUACUUUUCUGUUCCUUAAUGUUGGUACUGAGCACCAUGCAACAGCAUGCCUUUUAUCCAAUGCACUCUCACGGUGCAGUACUGGGUAAAAAUAGGUCAAACAUUCCUUCAUUAAAUCAUGAAAUAAUUAGUUAUAUGUUACGUGUACGUUAAGUUUCAGUGGUUUUUCUUGGAGUCUUGAAUGUUUGUUUAUGUGGUGAUGGUUUGUGUCCUGUCUUUGGUUGUUUGUGAUGAGCAGAUUGUAUAGAAGUGUGUGUGUGGGUGGGUGGGCGUGAGUGUAAUUUGCAGUCUUAAUUCAUUUGAAAUGACCAGUGAUGGCGGCAGGAAUUUUUCAAUUAAUUUAAUUUUUGGUCACUUUUUCAAUUUGGCUUGCGUUUGGGUCCCAAGGAGCUCAUUAAUACUGACUUAAGAGUCGCCAGACAAUGCUUGACGGUACUUUUGAAGAAAAAGGUAAGGGGGGCUCCUUCAGUCCCAAGCUAGCGUAACAGCACCAGUAUCAGUUGUACAUCCAUGUUUGGGCCUGUCUACCUCUUUUUGAUUUGUUGCUUGAGGCCAUUAUGGCCAUAUUUUCAUUAUUUGUUAACUGUAGUUGACUAUUUUGUAUGUUCAAUAAAGGAGGACUUUUUUUUUUUU